CCGCCGCUCAGCAGCUGCCAGCCCCCGGGAGACAGAUGCUCCGACCCCCCAGUCCGAGCCCCAUGUGACCGGGGGAGGUGCCGAGCUGGCUCCGGGCCGCUGCAGCGAGGGAGAAGCCGGGCAGGGGACGCAGGACUCGGGAGCCGGGCUCUGGUACCCGGGCACAGGGCUGGAGGAGACACCGAUCCCCUGAUCCCGGAGAGAGGAGGCCGGGGCAGCGCGGACAUGGCCGGGGUACUGAAGAAGCUGCCUGCUCUAGCCAUCUGCUCCGUGUCGGUCUUCCUGUUCCUGGUCGUUCUCCGGAUCAUCAAUGAAGUGAACUUCCUCCAGCUGCUCUCCUGUUUUGGGCAGAAAAGCGGCCGCUGCAUCCCUGCGCAUGUCACCUGGCGACAGCGCCCUCUCACAUAUCACAAUGGCUACAUCAACAUUAAAACGCGGGAGCCUCUACAACUGGACUGUAGCCAUUGUGCAAUCGUGUCGAAUUCGGGACAGAUGAUUGGUCAGAAGGUGGGACAUGAAGUUGACCGCUCUUCCUGCAUAUGGAGGAUGAACAACGCUCCAACAAGGGGCUACACGGAAGACGUGGGGAGACGAACCACCGUCCGGGUGGUAUCCCAUACGAGCGUUCCUCUCUUGCUCAAGGACCCGGAUUACUUCUUCAAGGAAACCAAUGACACCAUCUACGUGAUAUGGGGUCCGUUCAGGAACAUGCGACAAGACGGAAAGGGUAUAGUCUACAACAUGCUACGGAAAACGGUGGAGAAUUACAGCAGCGCUAAAGUUUACGUUACAACCGAGACACGCAUGAACUACUGCGACAGGAUCUUCAAGCAGGAGACCGGGAAAGAUCGGGUUCAGUCAGGAUCCUAUCUCAGCACUGGUUGGUUCACGCUGAUCCUGGCAAUGGACGCUUGCAACGGAAUCCGCGCCUACGGGAUGAUAAACGACACUUACUGCAAGACGAACAGUUUCCGGAGAGUUCCUUAUCAUUACUACGAGCCAGGAAGAUACGAAUGUGAGGAAUAUAUCCUACAUGAAAAUGCGCCGUAUGGCGGACAUCGAUUUAUCACGGAAAAACGAGUCUUUGCAAAGUGGGCAAAGCUGCACAAUAUAACAUUCACCAACCCCGGCUGGUCCUGACCUCGAUAUCCACGACUCCAGCGCGCUGACCUCAAUAUAACGACCACAGCGUGCGUCUAGCAAGAAGCAUUUGUAGCCUCAGUACAGGAUGAAUAUCAGUCCGCAGAAUCACACGCAGAACUUACUGUACGUUAUAUGCACUUUAUGCAAAGGGAUUGGGUGUAACGUGGCGUUUUCUCCUUGUCAGAAGUCGUUACCUGGAUAUUGUAAGCUGUGGGCAAUAUAUGGGUCCCUAUAAUGAAAUGACGCAGGAGACCACAGCUAGUCUGAGCAAUAAGACCACUGCGGUACGCAACCAACCAAACAGCGCUAAGGCUUAUUUACUAACAAGGUACAGACAUCCUACAACAAACUGUUACCACUUACCUUGCCUGCAGUGCACUGAUUGUGCGUCAGCAUUAAAUGCACCCCUGUCCAGUCUGGUUACCGCCCUAAUGCCAUGCCGCCAUAUGAUAAUGCCAAGCCGCCAUAUGUCUUCAUUUUUUUUAAAUGUAUCUGAUCAGUUGGGAUUUUACGUAUUAAUUGUGUUUAUUUAAUGCUUGCAUCCUUGUUUUGAUAUUCAUUUUUAUGUCACAAUUUCCAUUCUGGACUGUAUUGUUCCUGCACAAUUGACCUCAGACGUUCUUUUCGUUGCCUUUAGACAAAGAGGAUUGUCAGCUCUUUGGCUUCACUAAUGCCCUUGUGAUGUCUCUGUGUGACCCAGGGAGAACCCAGGCACGGACGCCAUGCAUGAUGGGGUCGGUAGGUCUUUGCCAAAAAGCUUCUUAUAGAGACAGAAGCCGGUUACAGCAUGGCUCAGCCCACACAAGCCACAGGCGGCCGCACACUUGCCAGAAAGGGCUUAUAAACUGUCGCUGUUCUGUAAAGGAGAUGGAAGAAAACAAUUGCAGCACAUGGGGUGGCCGGUUUAAAGUGGUCAUUCCGAGUUGAUCGCUCGCUAGCAGUUUUUUGCAGCCGUGCAAACGCUAUGCCGCCGCCCACUGGGAGUGUAUUUUAGCUUAGCAGAAGUGCGAACGAAAGGAUCGCAGAGCGGCGGCAAAGUUUUUUUGUGCAGUUUUAGAGUAGCUCAAAACCUACUCAGCGCUUGCGAUCACUACAGACUGUUCAGUUCCUGUUUUGACGUCACGAACACGCCCUGCGUUCGCCCAGCCACGCCUGCGUUUUUCCUGGCACGCCUGCGUUUUUUCGAACACUCCCUGAAAACGGUCAGUUGAAACCCAGAAACACCCCUUUCCUGUCAAUCACUCUGCGACCAGCAGUGCGACUGAAAUGCUUCGCUACACGACACAGUUCGUUGCAAUAGUAUGACGCGUGUGCGCAUUGCGCCGCAUACGCAGAAGUGCCAUUUUUUUCCCUGAUCACUGCGCAGCGAACGAAUGCAGAUAGCGAUCAACUCGGAAUGACCCCCUAAGUCUCUCAUUGACAGAAUUCUCCUUAAAAUAACUUUUUCUUUGUAAUGAAAACUAAUAUCCGGGCCCCCUACUUAUAUAACACAAGCACAGGGGGUCGCUGUGUGUGUGGUUACUGUACAUUUAUGACAAUAUAUCCUCCCUGUCAUUACAGACGCUCACGUGCGAUUUUAUCGGUCUCCGAUGAGAUGUGUCAGCAGUUUAAUAGAUAUCAGUUGAAUUGAUGGCCGUUAUCAUCAUGCUCUAUAUACUGUGGCUAUAGGACUAAUGUGCCUAAAAUGGCAGAAAUCAUAGUUAUUUUCAUUCAAAAGAAAAUUAUUUGUAAUCAUUGAGAUGAGCGCGGGAUUACUGUGGCGACAAAGUUGUAGCUUCGCUGCGACAAGACCGACAAAGUGGCAGCAGCUUUUGUAGGGAAUUAAAAUUACUACUAAUCUUCUAAAUUAGCAGUUUCCACUUUGUCAGAGAUGUAUCUGAUGAUUACAGGGACACCAUUCAUGUCUUACAGUGGUCACUGCACUGGUACACAUGACGGAGGACGAGGAUUCCGCCAAAGUUCCUCUCCACCCUUACACUAGCACUGCUGUCCGCCCCACUGUGAGGUGCAUGUGGCGCCCCCUUUACAAGCAACAUGAAGGGUGACAUACUGUACCUCUAGACUUCCAUUUUAGUCACGUCAUAGGGCCUAAUUCAGACCUGAUCGCUCGCUAGCAGUUUUUUGCAGUCCUGCGUACGCAUAGUCGCCGCCUACAGGGCAGUGUAUUUUCGCUUUGCAAGUGUGCAGCCGAGCGGUACAAAAAAACUUUGUGCAGUUUCUGAGUUGCCCAGAACUUACUCAGCCACUGCGAUCACUUCAGCCUGUCCGGGACCGGAAUUGACGUCAGACACCCGCCCUGCAAACGCCUGGACACGCCUGCGUUUCCCCAACCACUCCCAGAAAAUGGUCAGUUGCCACCCACAAACGCCUUCUUCCUGUCAAUCUCCUUGCGAUCGUCUGUGCGAAUGGAUUCUUCGUAAAACCCAUCGCACAGCAAUGAUCCGCUUUGUACCUGUGCCUGGGCAUUGCGGUGCAUACGUAUGCGCAGUUCUGACCUGAUCACAGCGCUACAAAAAACGCUAGCGUGCGUUCAGGUCUGAAUUAGGCCCACAGUUCUGACAGGACAGACGCCUAAAAUCGGGACUAUGGGGGUAAUUCCAAGUUGAUCGCAGCAGGAUUUUUUUUAGCAGUUGGGCAAAACCAUGUGCACUGCAGGGGAGGCAGAUAUAACAUGUGCAGAGAGAGUUAGAUUUGGGUGGGUUAUUUUAUUUCUGUGCAGGGUAAAUACUGGCUGCUUUAUUUUUACACUGCAAAUUAGAUUGCAGAUUGAACACACCACACCCAAAUCUAACUCUCUCUGCACAUGUUAUAUCUGCCCCACCUGCACUGCACAUGGUUUUGCCCAACUGCUAAAAAAUGUCCUGCUGCGAUCAACUUGGAAUUACCCCCUAUGCCACUAGGAGCAGGACUGUGUGUUCGCAGCCGGUUACCAACCAUUUAUGUCUUAAGUUCUGUUUGUCUGGAACAUGGAAAGUUGCUGUUCAUCGCCAGGAAAGCUGUCAACGAACAAACACUAUAAACCUCCUUCCCCCCGAAACCGGUCUGACAGUAAAUGAAUAGCACUCACAUUUAAUAAGCAGUGCUGUGGCUGGCUACAUUUCCAAUGGAACAACCCGAUCAGCAAAUGUCUGGACAGAUCCUCCAAUGACCCCUCCCAUGUCACUCACAUUGUCACCCCCACUUCACUCCAGAAUCCACGGAAAGACAGAUACAUCCAGCAUACGGCCCCUGGUGUCCACGUGUUACUGUAUUCACCUGUACACAGCCAAGGUACUGCCGCCCAGGCCCCGUGUGCUGGACAUUAGGGUAGGUGUGGUUAGUGGCGCAUCCAAGGAGCCGCCAUAAUUGCGCUGACGACACUCGCAUGCCAAGUGUGUCUACCUGCAGAACCUUCUUGGAUCUCAGAUCGUGAACACUGUUGUAAUAACAAGUACUGUGAACAAAUACUUGACAUAAUUAUGCUUUAAAUGACGUUCCUCUUUGUAGACGUUUAGCUGAGAAAUAAUUUUGUAUUGCUGUUUUUUUAUGAAGCAUGGAAGAUAACAAUUACUUUUGUAUCAAUAUAUUUUUUUAGUUCAGCCGUUUGUAGCGAGCGACGUGUUUUAUACAUAUCUACUUCAUAUACACAAUACCUCUCAGUGCUGAGCACAUAAUGCUGUCGUAGCGUGUUACAUAUAUGUACUGUAUGUGUAUGCGGUGUAUACAGGGUUGCUAAUAAGUUAGUAUCCCUAGUUUGAGCACUCUAUAGUCAGUUCUAAGGCUUGAAAUCAAGAGAUGUUUGGACAACAGAUACUUCAGAGCCAUUCACUGAAAAAAAAUAUUCUGGUUGCAAAUUUUUGCAAACCAGGCAGUGGUGUGGCGAAACAAGUCACUUGAAGAGCAUUAUAAUUGUUCAGUGUGUCCUCCACUGUGAUCAACAACAGUUUCCAUUAGAAGAAAAGCAUUCUCUAUAGCAGAACAUAACAUGUCUCUAGGGAUAAUCGGUACUUGACAUCUAAGGAUAUCUUACAGAUCUGACACCCUUCCCGAUACACAGGCUUCUUCAAAAACCUCCACAACCAACCAAUACAUUAGGCGGAGGUUCAAUAAUUGGGGUGGCCAAGAUGUCUGAAAGCUGCGGCUGAUGACCUGUUCUUUAGUAAAGUGUUGCCUAAGCAAUUGUAUCGCUCUUCAAGUGAUUUGUAUUGCUACCUGGUGACAACAUUUGUAACUAAUCAAUUUUCUUCAAUAAAUGGCACAUCUUCUGAAGUACCUGUUGUCCAAAUUACUCAUCAUUACUCGCUCCAGAGAGCCCUAAGUAGGGAUAUUUUAACGAAACAGCCCUGCACAUGCGUAACUACGAGGGUGGCUCAAUAAGUAAGGUAACAAGAUCUCUCACGUGUGUAAUGUUCUCUAUUUCAUCCUAAUUUCCCACCAGGUCAGGGCAGGUAGACCAUUGCUUCCCCCCAUUAUACUGCACCCUAUAUCUGUCAUACUAUCCCAGCAUCAGGUGUAAGAUGGCGGGGCUAGCGGAAACACGGUCGCGCAUUGAGGUGCACAGUGUGGUCAGAUUUCUGCGUAUAAAUGGAACAUCAGCAACUGACAUCGCCAGCUUGUCGCGGUGUGCGGUGAUAGCGUCAAGUCACGGAAACAGGUUUGGGUUUGGUGCAUUUGAUAACUGCAGGACAGACGUUCAAGAUGAUCAGCGAUCCGGCCGGCCAAGCACCUCCACCACAGAUGACGAUCCCUGCAGCGCUGACCUGGCACCAAAGAAGAAGCACCUGGGUGGAAGCGAUUCGCAACCAGCGGUGAAGUUCUGCAAGCCGUAACAUCCUGGCUUCAGACACUUGACACUGAUUUCAUCUAUGCCGGGAUAGAUGUCUUGGUGUACCAUUAGAACAAUGCUUAGACAAGUAUGGGGACUAUGUGGAAAAAUAAUCUGAUUAUACGUAUAUGUACGAGUAGAAUAAAUUUGCGUAAUGAGAGAUCUUUUUACCUUGUUUAUUGAACAACCCUUGUAUAGUGAAUAUGUUUGUGUGUGUGUAUAUAUAUAUAUAUAUAUAUAUACAAACACAUAUAUGUAGCUAUUUUGAUGUCUGCAUUUACUGUACAGUGCGCGUUUUACCGCAUAUUGAUUUUCAGAGCGUACCAAUGAAUUCCCCUUUUGAAUGAUGUUACUGUUGUUCCGGCCAUGUUUUGCGGAAUAUGUUUCCGGUGUAACUUGUAUGUUUUGUUUAGAACCUAACAGAAAUUGUGUGUUUGCUAUCAGAUAUAAACUCUUUGGGAACAUUCAUGAAACAUUUUUG